AUGAUGCUGAUCUCCGCGGCAAUGACCCUCGUCGUAGGUCAUGAACUUCAAAGCGCUGAACCAAAAGAAGAAAAGCAGCGUCUUAGGAAAGAGAAGAAGCAGCAUAAAAAGAAUAAAAAAGAUGACAGGGGUCCUCCAGAGAAGGAGAAGGAGAAAGAGAAAGCAUCUGUACCAGCUCCGUCAAAGCCUGCCACACAGAGCCCAGCACAUAAAGCAGCUCCUGUGCCUGUAAAUGCAUCUGCAUCUGAAUCUCCCGUGGCUGCAGAGAAGCCUGCAAAGAGCAAAGCAGAGCUGCGAGCAGAGCGUCGGGCAAGGCAAGACUCAGAACGGGCAUCAAAACAGGGCAAGAAAGAAGGGGGGCAGCAGUCCACCUCCAGCAAGCCUAAAGCUACCCCCAAUGAGCUUCAGCCAGUAGUGAAAAGGUUACCAGAUCAUGUUCAGGUGGACGACCCUGUUGCAUUGAAGAAGCUGGCCAAAAAACUUGAGAGACAGCAGAAGUCAGGGCAGGGAUGCAGUUUAAAUAUAACUGGAGUCAAGGUUCCUUUGAGGUCCGAUUAUGGUUACAAGGUCAGCCUGUUCUCACAUCUACACCAGUACAGCCGAAAAAACCCUCCCACCCAGCAAAUCAGCAUCCCUGUCACAGUUAUUCACCCAUCCAUUGUUCGGUUGGGCCUGCAGUACUCUCAGGGCAUUAUAGCAGGAUCCAAUGCUCGAUCUGUGGCCCUGCUACAUGCCUUUAAACAGGUUAUUCAAGACUAUAGCACACCUCCAAAUGAGGAGUUGUCAAGGGACCUUGUGAACAAGCUGUCGCCCUAUAUCAGUUUUCUCAGCCAGUGUCGGCCGCUUUCAGCCAGCAUGGGCAAUGCCAUCAAGUACAUCAAGAAGGAAAUUUCAAAUAUACCCAGUCAGUGCAAAGAAGAAGAGGCGAAAAGGAUACUGCAGGAAUGUAUUGAUAGUUACAUAAACGAGAAGAUCAUUUUGGCUUCUGAAGCCAUUUCUAAGUACGCUAUUGAGAAGAUAAGUGAUGGAGAUGUUAUUCUUGUUUAUGGCUGCUCUUCACUUGUCAACCACAUUCUGUGCGAAGCUUUUGAAAAGCAGAGGAAGUUUAGAGUCAUAGUUGUGGACAGUCGGCCCAGGCUGGAGGGCAGAGAGGCGCUGAGGCGUCUGGUCAAGAAAGGCAUCCGAUGUACUUACGUCCUCAUAUCUGCCUUGUCCUACAUUCUGCCUGAAGUAUCCAAGGUAUUUCUUGGUGCCCAUGCACUCCUUGCCAAUGGAUAUGUGAUGUCACGUGUGGGAACUUCCCAGAUUGCCCUGGUAGCAAAGGCCUACAAUGUACCAGUGCUGGUCUGCUGUGAGACCUACAAGUUCUGUGAACGAGUGCAGACGGACUCUUUUGUAUCCAAUGAAUUAGAUGACCCUGAUGAUCUGAUUGUGACCAGAAAUGGGAAGACCCACCUAGAGAACUGGCAGACUGUUAAAUCACUGGGGCUUCUGAACUUGGUGUAUGACGUGACACCACCGGACUUUGUGGACCUUGUAAUCACUGACUUGGGCAUGAUCCCCUGCACCUCUGUGCCUGUGGUACUGCGAGUCAAGAACGUAGAUCAGUGAAGAGCAGACAAACACUGUUCUGCUUCCCUCUUGAAUCUGCACAUAAAAGAGUCUGUGCACAUGGGCCUUAAACAUAUCUAUGAAAAGGAACAAGCUUUUCAAACAAAGUCACUGUUUACAUCCUUACUGGUGGGAUCCAUUUAAUUUUGAAUUGUAUAACUGUUCCAAUUCCAUUUUCUAAAAAAAAUUACACAGUCUGGUUCAGUCCACCUAAUGAGAUAUUCUGAAAUUAGUACUUAGAAUUGUUGUACACAAAAUCCAUAAAAUUCAAGAAAGUGUCUGUAAAGCAUGUGUGCUUUCAGUUUUGGCCCAUCAUCGUGGUCAGUGCAUUGACAUAAACAUAAGAACAAUCAUCCUUUUUGGAUAGUUGCUCUUUGCUGAAGUCCUUUCAUAGAUAUGAAAAAGGGAAAUAGAACAUGGUGCAAAUGUGUGUAAGACCAUGCAAAAGCUGACUAUGUUGCAUAAGGGGUUUUGUUUGUAUUACCAAAACCUUGGAAAUGCUACAGAAAAAUAAAUGGGUUAGAUUACAAAAAA